UUCAAUAAAAGUCGACAGCAUCUAGUUUAACGACUACAAGAAUACAUAGCUCAUCAUUAAAAAUGAGGAUACUUAUUUUCUUUACCGGCCAGCUGCUGUCGUCAGCAAUAUCUGCAGAGGAACAGCCGGACUGGCUUGGAGCUUUAUUAAACCGAAUCGAGUACUUGGAGAGAAAAGAUGCUGAGAAAGAUGCGAUCAUUGCUGAACAACAAAAAGAAAUAGAAAGUGUUAAAGCGAUUUGUUCAGGGUCUAAAACCGACCAGGAGAAACUUCUAAACGUUGUGCUUUCAAUUUUAGAACCUUCCGAACGGAGACGUUUUGUGCUGAAUGAAGGUCCUGUUGCGUUUACUGCUGCCAUCACACCGUACGUUGUUGACCAUUUAAAAAGCCAAGAAAUUGUGAAAUUUGAGACCAUAAUAACUAGUAUUGGCGGAGGAUAUAAUAACCAGUCGGGGGUAUUUGUCGUCCCAGUAUCGGGCAUUUACAUGAUCAGUUGCUCAUUACUCGACGACGACCGAACUGGCCUGAUGGUCCAUGGGGAAAUCGUACAAGAUCAUCGGGUACUCGGAAGAGUGUUCGCCCAUACGGAGUCCAGAUCCUACCGUGAUCAAGGAACGCAGACAGUCUUUACGCAUGCACAUGCUGGUGACCAAAUAUGGGUACGGGUCAAAGACAAUGCAGAUCUUGGGCUUGGCGGCGAACUGUACUCUUCUUUUUCAGGAUAUCUGUUAUACGCAAUGGAAUAAAAUUUCGAAACGUACAUAAAGGCACUUUUUUCUAGACUUUGGAUAAAAAAGAUCUCUCUUCAAAAUUGAAGUUUAGUCAUAUUAUGAACAUUACAAUAUAAGUUUUUGUUUCUACACUAUCUUAAAAUGCCAAAUAAAAAAUACAAAUGACAGAGUCGGGAAUCGAACCCAGUCCACUAUGGCAAUGAAACUUUCCCGCGUUCGUGACCAGUACACCACAGAUGAAUAAGUAUUUAAUAUAUUUUCGUUAAAUAUAAAGAUUUAGAAUUAAGAGUAAAGAUUUAGAAUUAAGAGUUUACCUCGUGUAAUGUGUUAAAAAUGUUUUUUUCACUGUAAAAAUUAGUAAAAAAACUAAUUCUCAUUAACUUCCAAAUUCAUAACACAAUUGUACUAUAACACUAUUCAAAACUUUGGAUAAAAAAGAUUUCUCUUCAAAAUUGAAGUUUAGUCAUAUUAUGAACAUUACAAUAUUAGUUUUUGUUUCUACACUAUCUUAAAAUGCCAAAUAAAAAAUACAAAUGAUAGAGUCGGGAAUCGAACCCAGUCCACUAUGGCAAUGAAACUUUCCCGCGUUCGUGACCAGUACACCACAGAUGAAUAAGUAUUUAAUAUAUUUUCGUUAAAUAUAAAGAUUUAGAAUUAAGAGUAAAGAUUUAGAAUUAAGAGUUUACCUCGUGUAAUGUGUUAAAAAUGUUUUUUCACUGUAAAAAUUAGUAAAAAAACUAAUUCUCAUUAACUUCCAAAUUCAUAACACAAUUGUACUAUAACACUAUUCAAAACUUUGGCAAAAUUAUGACUAAUUUAUAAUAAUUCCUGAAAUAAUAUCUUAUAAGUAGUUUUGUUCUUCAACUGGAUAUGUACCACUGUAACUAGAGUUUUUCUCAAUCAAUGUUUUCACUAAUGAUUCAUUUUUUAAAUGUCCAAAUAUUUGAUAUUAAUAAACACUUUGUAUCAGUUC